CUCUACAGCUCCGUGGACUUUGGCAGGAAAUGGCAGCUCAUCCACGAGCGCGUCACGCCGAACAGAUUCUACUGGUCCGUCGCCGGCCUCGACAAGGAGCCGGACCUGGUCCACAUGGAGGCUCACACGCCGGAUGGAAAUGUGCAGUACGUCACGUGCCGGGUCCAGAUGUGCACGGAGGCCAACAGGAACUACCCCUUCCACGGAUUCGUCGACAUCAGCUCCUUGGUGGUGCAGGACGACUACAUAUUCAUCCAGGUUCCCACAUCAGGACGAGCCACCUACUACGUGUCCUACAAGAGAGACGCCUUCAUACAGAUCAAGCUGCCCAAGUAUUCGCUGCCGAAGGAUUUACACAUCGUCAGCACCGACGAGAAGCAGGUGUUCGCGGCGGUGCAGGAGUGGAACCAGAACGACACCUAUAACCUCUACCUGUCCGACACCCGGGGGAUCUACUUCACCUUGGCCAUGGAGAAUGUCAAGACCACCAGGGGCAUCGGCGGGAACCAGAUGCUGGACCUGUACGAGGUGGCAGGAAUUAAGGGCAUGCUAAUUGCUAACAAGAGGCAAGACAACCAGGUGAAGACGUACAUCACCUACAACAAAGGCCGAGACUGGAGGCUCCUGCAGGCUCCUGCUGCCGACCUGGACGGGAACGACAUCCACUGCAUACUGCCUUUCUGUUCCCUCCAUCUCCAGCUGCAAAUGUCUGAGAACCCAUAUUUGUCGGGAACCAUCACCACAAAGAGCUCCGCCCCGGGGAUCAUCGUUGCCACAGGGAACAUCGGAGCCGAGCUGUCCUACAACAACGUGGGCAUGUUCAUCUCGUCGGACGCCGGCAAUAGCUGGAGACCGAUCUUCGAGGAGGAGCACAACGUGUGGUUCCUGGACAAAGGCGGCGCUCUGGUGGCCGUGAAGCAGCCGUCGGUUCCGACCCGACACUUGUGGGUCAGCUUCGACGAGGGCAGGCAGUGGACCCAGCACAGCUUCUCCUCGGUGCCGCUGUUCGUGGACGGCGUCCUGGUGGAGGCCGGGGCCGAGAACCAGAUCAUGACCUUCUUCGGCCACUUCAGCCAUCGCUCCGAGUGGCAGCUCAUCAAGAUCGACUACAAGUCCAUCUUCAGCAGGAAGUGCACCGAGGAGGACUACCAGACGUGGCACCUGCACAACCAGGGCGAGCCGUGUGUGAUGGGACAGAAGCAGAUUUACAUGAAGCGCCGGCCCGGAAACUACUGCAUGCUGGGAAGAGACUACUCCAGAAUCCUCUCAGCCGAGUCCUGCAUUUGCCGAGCUCAUGAUUUUGAAUGUGAUUAUGGAUAUGAGCGCCGCGGCGACGGGAACUGCAGACCGGCCUUCUGGUUCAAUCCGUCCACCGUGUCCAGGAGCUGCAGCCAGGGCCAGAACUACCUCAACAGCACCGGGUACCGUAAAGUGGUGCUGAACAACUGCACCAAAGGAGUCAAAGAAAUGUACACGGCCCGGAAGCAGCAGUGUCCCAACAGGCCUCCCAAAGGACUCCUGCUGACCACCAAAGAUGGGAAACUGACCGCCAACCUCGGCAGCAACGUCACCUUCCUGGUGCAUCUGGAUGAGGGCGACUCCCUGCGGACGAACAUCCAGCUGGAUUUCGGUGACGGAACCGCCGUGUCGUACUCCAACCUGAGCUGGACCGAGGAGGGCAUCAAGCACGUCUACAAGUCGGCCGGGAUAUUCCGGGUCACGGCGCUGGCAGAGAACACGCUGGGCUACGACAGCACGACGCUCUUCCUGCACGUCACAUGCCCGGUGGAGCACGUCCAGCUCCUCGCCCCCUUCGUGGUCAUCAGGAACAAGGAGGUGAACAUCACGGCGGUGGUGCUGCCGAGCCACUCUCGCACCGUCACGUACUUCUGGUGGCUUGGCAACAACACGGAGCCGGUGAUCACGCUGGACGGGAGCAUCUCGUACACCUUCCACAGCGAGGGCAUGCACACCGUCACCGUGCAGGUGGCUGCAGCCAACAGCAUCCUGCAGGACACCAAGACCAUCGCAGUCAAAGAAUUCUUCAAAUCUCUACUUUUAUCUUUCUCCCCUAAUCUGGACGAGUUCAACCCCGACAUACCCGAGUGGAGGCAGGAUGUGGGGAGAGUAAUUAAGAAGGCUCUGCUCCAAGUGUCGGACUUCCCGGAGGAACAGCUUCUGGUCGCCGUGUUCCCAGGAGUUCCAACAGCCGCUGAGCUCUUCCUGUUACCUCACAAGAACCAAUCAGAGGGCAAGAAAAAGAGCGAGGAGGAGCUGGAGCGGGCAUCCGACAUAAUCGUCAGCGCGCUGAACCAAAACCUGGUGGAGUUUGAGCUGAAGCCUGGCGUCAGGGUGAUCGUCUACAACACACAGUUAACGCUGGCUCCGUUGGUGGACUCCAGCCCUCGACACAGCAGCUCGGCGAUGCUGAUGCUCCUCUCGGUGGUGUUUCUGGGCCUCGCCGUCUUCCUCAUCUACAAAUUCAAGAGAAAAAUACCUUGGAUCAACAUCUACGCCGAGGUGAACCAGGAGAAGGAGCAGGAGAUGAUCGGCUCGGUGGGUCAAGGCGACAGCACGCCGAAAAUCACCCUGAGUGAGUUCUCCACAUCCAAAGAACUCAUGGAGAAGGAGCUGGACGCCAGGGUCAAACGGGGAGUCGGAAACGCCUGCGAGAGCACAAGGGAGAUUCCAAACUGUACCAGCGUGUGA